AUGGAGCCAUCUGGGCGGCUGCUGCUUUCGCCGUCUCGAGGGGCGGCUUCGCGCAAGAAAGCCGACGGUCAGAACACUCGCUUUGGUGUGCGUCUGAAGAUGGCGCAGGAAGUUCGCGAAUACGUGGAGAACUACUGCGACGGCGUAGUUCCGCAGGACGCGGAUGACUUCCAAAGAGUUCUAGACCACUACUGGGGCAGCAAGAUCCGUCCCGCCUGCAACAUUGCCACGGCUGGCAGGUCCUGGGCAGAGAUCGGAUGGCCAGGAAGCCAGAAUCAAUGCAAGCGGCGAGCGGCGAAGGACCUGAAAAGCCGCGGGGACGUCCUGAUCGCCCGAGGCCUGCCUGCCCUGGACGCCUUGCGCAUUGCGAGAUCCUUGAAAGAGUUCUCUCAAGCUGGCGCCGAGUUCGUGGAGGACAAGUCUCUGGAGUCGGAGAUCAAGACAGGCGACAUGGUUCAGAAAGUGAAGAAGACUGCGGCUGCCGAUCCUCUUGGAAACGCCGCGUCUGUGUUUGGCGGCUUCGCGUUCAGCAGCAGCUUAUUUGGAAGCCCUGCUGGCCUGGAAGAUGGCGAGGCCGGGAAGGUCACCAACAUCAACCACAGUCGUGGCCAGGUGCAUGUCGAAUCCAAACGUGGUGGCCGGUGGUAUGGGGAAGACGAAGUGGUCAAAGCGUUUUGCCUCGAGAUUGGGAUUGUGCUGCAGAUUGCAGAGCUAAGCUGUCGAGCCAGCUCCACCACUGCGCGAGUGUUCAAGACGCGACGUGUCAUGGCACUGCCGAAAUAUGCCCUCUACGCCUGGCGGCAGACGGCAGCGCAAGAAGCCGGCAGCUCAAUGCUCUCCUGGGGCAUUUGGCGACCGGGAUGCAUGAACGGCUCUCAACUUGUAGGCGACCUUCGCUUGUCGCUUGUGAAGGAUACAAUGCUCCUGGUCGUGCUCGAAGUUGCGAGCAUAUUUGCUUUCCUCCAGGUCGCCGUGCUGACCAACACGGUCUUUGUGGCUGUCCCACUAGGACUGCUUUUUGCCAAUGCUGCCAUCAGGGCCCGUCAGCUUGGCCAAAAGAUGUCAAGGCUUACAGAGCCGUUAGUUUUGUGCUGGCCGGCAUCCCAUUCAAGGCUGGGCUUCUGCCGAAGCCAGGCACCCGCCGGGAGGUUCGUUCUUUGUGGAGUUUUGCUCCAGGUGGCGUGCCUUGCCUGCUUUUGGCUGGAUAACAACGCAUGGCCGCUCUUCUCCCACCACGUCCAGAGGUACUGCCCCGAAUACUUGUUGCCUGAAAGAAGUGACUGUGGGAAUGGAACCUAUGCAGAGCUGUGUUUGCACAUGAGCGACAACACUGGCAUGAAAGGUCAGGUUGACACAAUCCAAAGUUUUAAGCGAACAGCGGGAGGAAGCUGCAGAGACCUUUGCGAUGGUGAUUGCGGUCCAACGGAGAAGACGACAAGAGCUGGAGGUGGGUACGAGGCAAUUCUUGUGAGGCGAUAUCAAUUGUCCUGUACAGGCUGCCAGGGACGAUGUUGUCGCUGCUUGGCUUGCCAGCUUUCAUCGACACUGCCACAAUGGCAGCGAGACAUCUGCAGCACGGGUGCUUUCAAUUACCGAUUGGCGACUGAUUUCAUAGCAAUCGCGCACAAUGAAGACCCAAAUUGGCACCUACUCCAGGAGCAGUGGGCAUCAUGGACAUCGUCGAACGCCUUGUCAGUCGUGCUGGCUCGAUGCGCACUAGCCCACACUGCCAGGUCAGACGGCUGGCCGGCUCCCGAGGGGCGCCUGGAAGGAUGGUUUGCGAUUGCCAGUUUGCUGCUGGUGUGCCCUGUCGUGGCGCUAGCCCUAAGAGUGGUUGUAAGCCUGGCGUUGCCAAAGCCAAGCGUUGGACAUCUUUGGACCGCUCCUUGUGACGAAGACAUGCUGCGCAGCUUGGAACAGGAAGCAGAGAAGGUCCGACAUGACAUCGCGAAGGGAACCUUCAAGGCUAGCAUGAAGCAAAAAGUUGAGCUGUACCGUGAAUUUGGCCUCUUCCUUGCAGACUACUUGUCGGACUAUUACACAUUGGUUGAACUGCUCCUGGCGCAACAAUGGCAAUUCGGAGUAGCCCAAGCGUUGAUCAUUGCGGUACCCAUGGCCUUCGAUUGCCUUAGAGGCAAAGUGCAGCUCGUCGAAGUUGUUGUUGCGUUUGCAUGCUCCCGGAAGAAGGGCAUUCCGACCAAUGAGCUGAUUUUAGCUUUGCGGAGCGAGAAGGGUGUGGAAGCACCCAUGUCCAUGUGCCUUACAUACCUUUGCCUUUUCCAGGCGACGAGCCUUAGCAGCUUCGCUUCCAGGCUAGCGUCGCUUCUCCUCAGCAUCAUCAACAUCAGCAAGUAUGUCUACACGACCUUCGAGUUGGGCCUCCUCGAAGUUAUCGAAGCUAGCCCGUCGCAGGAAGCCCUUGCUGAAACCAUCGGGGAUCCAAGCCAGCCCCGCCCUGUGUUGACAUCCCCCCCUCCAGACCUCCCUCGCGGCAUUAUGCCUCCUGUGAUUCCAGUCUCCCAAAUGGACAUGCCCAAAGCCGACCUUCCGCCGGGCAUCAUCUUCCCACGCCGAAAGAGCCGUGAGUCUUGCGUGGCACCACUUCCGCCCAUUACGGUCGAGGAUCAAAAGCUGGCCGAGAAGGAGUGA